UUCUGUUUACGAGACGUUGUGCAUAGCAACGCACUCCAUUCAGUAAAGUUGCUUGUAAAUACGCGCAGUGAUGGAUGACGAAAAAUCCAAAGAAGAAUUGGAGGAUUGGAAAGUUUACGAGGCUCUCAGCAAAACUCCAACGGACGACAUGGAGGCCGAUGUUGCUAAUGACGUCGUCACUGCCUUGAGAAGUGAUCUUGCUGGUCUUCAAUACAAACGAGAUAAAUUAAUAUCUGAAAACACCGACCUAAAAAACCAAAUGCUUUCACGAGACCAAAGGAUAUUAGAACAGCAGGUGGAAAUCGACCACCUUCGCGAACAAAAUGCCAGGCAGAAUGCUAUCAUCUCAUCGCUCAGAAAGAAAAUCCAGGACCUGGAGGAGAUACAACGAAGUUUGCAAACGUCGCAAGGCAGGAGUGAGGUCACGGUACAAACGCUUCAACGAGACAAUCGCUAUUGCGAAGAAAAAAUCAAAGACUUAGAAAAAAAGCUUCGAUCUUUAGAGUUAGAAUGUCACAACGAAGAACAGCAGAAAGAAAAUGCCCGCUGCCAGUUCCACGACUUGGUGCGAAGACUCUCUGCAGCUUUGGAGUUUGAUUUUUGCGACACUACGCACAGUCAUUCCCCUGAAACUCUUAUCAUCAAGGCAGCUGAACUCGUUCAAGAAAUCACUAGACUAAAAAAUAAAUGCCUUAAUACAACUGAAAACUUGUCAACGGUAGAACAAGACUUGAGAAGUUGCAGGGAUGCCUUAGAAAGAUCAAAUUCCGAUAAAGAAAUGUUACAGCGUCAACUUUCAUCACAGAUAUUGGAUAUUGAAAGGCUCAAGCAAGAAAAAGAAUCCUUAGCUGUUUCCAAUAGGGUUUUGGAACGAGAAUUGCAUGAAGCAAGGGAAAAGUUAUCACAUUGCUCAAAAAAUCUUAAUGUGGUAACCGACAACGUCAAUCAGAAUGAAUCGAUAAUUAUACAAUUAAAAGAGGACCUAAGACACAGGGAAGAAAAAUAUCAAAGACUUCAGGCCGAGUUCCGUAACACAAUGGAAUCUCUUGCAAUCCUAUUGAGCCUGCCGACUCGGUUUGUUGAGGCUCAUGAGAGCACCAUCAAAGACAGAAUACGUGAACUAUUGAGUGAAAACAAAGAUAGGUCUGUGCAAAUCGAGGCGUUACGUGAUAAGCUGGGCUCGGAAUCGCAGCAACUGAGCAGGACAGCGCACUUGCACGACCAGGCCACCACGCGCGUGCGCAUACUCGAAGACGAGAGGAACAUGCUGGAAGCCAAGGUGCACAAGCUGGAGGCAGAGCUCAAUGCUAUGGAGCUCUCCAGGGACAACUUGAGGAAAGACAAAGCUAAUUUUGUAGCAUUCCUCGAGCGUCUGGGCAGAACGCUAAAUAUGGAUGAGUUGACACAGGACAUCGGCAUAGAAUUGCACACCGAGUCCAUUAUGCACCGCGCCGAGCAGCUAGCGAGACUGGAGAGCGAUAAAAUUGUUGACAAGAUGCUAUAUUACGGAUACUAUGGCACGCUGCCGAGACUGCGAAGAGAAAGGUCAUUCCAUGAUUUGCCUUAUCUCAAAGAAACUGCCGUAGUUUACCAACUACAACGUCGCAUAAGGAUACUAAGGGAACAAUUGCAAAGGAAAGAUCUACAUUUGGAUUUAUUACGACGCAAAUUAAGCAUUCAGGAAGAGAGUUCCCGGGUCCGCGCUGUGUUACAAGCAGAGAGGGACGAAGCAGUGGGGCGCAGCAAGAAACUCGCGCGCCAGUGUGACAAACUCGCGGUGCAGCUGAACGAUGUGCGCGCGCAGAUUCGGGAUCUCAACGCACAGCUAGCUGACGCAGCCGAAUAUAAGAUAACAUCUUUGGAACGCGCUCGUAAGAUCGAGGAAUUACAGAAGAAACUAGAAGAAGCAGAUUUAGUGCGAGUUCGUUACAAUCGGAAAGUCAAUGUUCUAAGAGAUCAGGUUCGGGCCACGGGAGAAACCUUCGAACAAGAACGAACCACUACGGAACACCAGAUUUCCAUGCUAAGAGACGAUUUAGCUAGAACCAAAGAGUCGUUGGUUGAAUGCCAGAGACGAGAAGCUCAACUACUAAGUUUCAGACAUUCGAUCGCGAAGCUACUGGGCAUCCUGGUACCAGCGUCAGUGUCGGACUUUGAGAUGGUGUCGCGUCUGCAGAAACUGAUCGACGCUCACCACGACUUCACUGUGGUGUCUAGACGCUAUGAUGACCCCACGCUGCUGCGCGCCUCCUCGCGAUCGCCGCCGCCUUCUAGAUGCCGAACUAGGACGCCUGAUCGGUCUCUGCGAUACGACGACUCGGGCUACGCGGACCCGGCGUUCGAGCCGGACGACGAGCUGUACAGGGCGCGCGCCGGCUUGUGACAGUCACGACGUCGCGCUCGCUUCUAGACCCGCGGCUUCUUAUCUACAGACCAACCAUCUUGACAGCAAAAGCGGCCAUUCAAUAGGGCUGUUUUUUAUUUUACCUAGCAAGCUAACAGGCCCACCUGAUGGGAAGAGACAAAGACCAAGAAAGCUGUAUAGACGACAAAUGAAAUAGAAAAUUUCCAUACAACUUCUCGGCCCAAUCCGACUGAUUAGUCGGUCAGAUAAGUACUACAAAGUAGUAGAUUGGACCGUGCAUGUGAUGGCAGACAAUAGACCUCGGCGUCAUGUCUCGUUCCUUCUUAUGCAUGAGUGUUUCUAAUAUAGACAUCUACUUGUAUGAGCGAAAUAGAAGAUGUGACGGGGUCUCUAGCUUUUCUGUCUGACAAGAUAAAUGGACGCCCAUAUCACCAGGGUUGUCACACGCGCGUUGGGUUGUCACUUAUUUGUGGCCUUUGGGUCUUUUUGCCACAGUGCCCUGUAAAUACACUGCCUUUCUCUCUCUUCAAACCGGAACACAACUGGACUGUUUGUUUGGUGGAUGAAAUAGAUGAGUGAGGUACAUGCAAACGACCUUUAUACCAAGGUCUACCUCUGGUAACACUAUAAGUAAUAUAAAUAGACUCUACUAUUAUCGAUGCUAGUGAAAACUUAGAGUACGAAAGUAAUUAGUAGACUGUAGAGAAGUUGGCGCUUACUGCUAAUGUAAGUGAAACUUUAUGUAGCCAUGUUGGCACGACGUCUAAAUUAUAAAAAAAAUAGUAAUCAGUCAUAAAAAAUACCUACAUCUCCAUGACAUCCUUAUACGCAACCAAUUAGUGUUUUAAUUAGUGUAUUUAUUUAAAUUUUUAUCCUUACAUUUUAUUUAAUAAUGUUAUAGCCACUGUGGCCAUUUAGAGUGAGACAUUAGUUGUAAACAAAUAUAUAAAUCAUCAUCAUAUAAUAUAAGAAAUAAAAUGUAAACAUCCAAAGAAAUGCCAGUUAAUAAAUCAUCGAUGGAAUGGUAAUAAUAAUAACUAAGAAUCUCGAUGUAGUUGUUAAGGCAAUUAUAAAUAUGUCGCACCAUUCACAAUGUUGAUUCUACAAGGCCCAUGUUACUAUUUUUAUUCGGUCCAAUGUACAAUGUUAGUAAAUGUUGGAUUAUUGACGUUUACUUCUAAAAUCACACAUUUAAUUGUCAAUGUAGCUAUUAUUUUAAAUAAGUGCAGAUAAUUUUUAUUUAUAUAUUUUUAUUUAGUUUUAUUUUUAAUUUAUUAUUAUAUUUUAUUUAUUAUUAUAGAAUAUUACAAAUGUAGUAUUUCUUGAAAUUGCCACUUACAUAUUUUUAUCUUUAUAGAUUUUAAUUAGCUAAUAUUUAAUGAUUGUUUGAAACACGAUGUUCCUAAGUUAAAUAGUUAAUUGCUUAUUUCUUGUUAAAAAGCAACAUGUUUCGUUAAUGUUCUGUCGUAAAUCUUUGUUUUAUUUUAAUUGUCUUCCCGAUAAAUUAUUAUUUUGUCAUUAUUGAACAUAUUUUUGAGAUUUAAUCUUAACUUAAAAUAUCUAAAUAUUAAAGUUAUAGUUGUAAUAAAAUGAAAUCAUUCAAUUUCACAUUACGUGUACUAGAUAAGUAUAUAUUAUUGACUUAAAAUAAACAUACUAAAUAUGUGUAUUUUUCUACCUUUACCCUGAAACCAAAUUAAGCAAUUCCUAAAGUACCAAAUCUUUUUUUUUUAGAUCUUGAAUGAAAUGGUAAAUUAAUAAACUGCAUAGUUAUAAAAUAAUUAAACCGUCUUUAUGUAUGUAUCUACAGAAAAAAA